AUGGUCCUGGGUUGUUUCAGUAGCUGCAUUUCGAGCCAGAUUGAUUUGGGCUCGAGAUUAUUGGCUAGCAAGGACCAAACAUGGGUUUCAGAUAAUGGAACAUUUGCUUUGGGGUUCACUCCAGCAGAGUCUGAUAAUCGAUUAUUUAAUCUGGGAAUUUGGUUUGCUGAGCUUCCUGGAGAUCGAACCUUAGUUUGGUCACCCAAUAGAGACUCCCCAGUAUCUCAAGAUGCAAUCUUGGAGCUUGACACCACUGGCAACCUCGUUCUCAUGGAUGGAGACACCACCAUAUGGGCCUCAAACACCUCUGGUGCUGGUGUAGAAGCAGCAGUCAUGGCAGAAUCUGGAAACUUCAUCAUCCACAACACCAACAACCACCCUGUGUGGCAGAGUUUUUCUCAACCUUCGGACACACUCCUCCCAAACCAGCCUCUUACAGUUUCUUUAGAGUUAACAUCAUCAAAGUCUUCCUCUCAUGGUGGCUACUAUGCUCUCAAAAUGCUUCAACAGCCUACUUCCUUAAGCCUUGCACUGACUUACAAUCUGCCAGAAACUUACCCGGCUUUAGAUGAAUCAUAUACCAACUAUUCUUACUGGCAAGGCCCUGAUAUCUCCAAUGUCACAGGAGAAGUUAUAGCAGUUUUAGAUCAAGCUGGAAGCUUUGGAAUUGUAUAUGGAGAAUCAUCUGAAGGAGCAGUUUAUGUGUAUAAGAAUGAUGAUGAUGAUGCAGGCUUGUCUUCUGCAGUUCACCAAUCUACACCAUUAGCUGUUCUUCGGAGACUGACACUGGAAAAGAAUGGCAAUUUGCGUUUGUACCGUUGGGAUGAUGAUGUAAACGGGUCAAGACAGUGGAUGCCAGAGUGGGCUGCAGUUUCAAAUCCUUGUGAUGUUGCUGCAAUUUGUGGCAAUGGGGUUUGUAACUUGGAUAGAAGUAAGACAAAAGCCUCUUGCACUUGCUUGCCAGGGACUUCUAAAGUUGGCAGGGAUGGCCAAUGCUUUGAGAAUUCAUCUCUUGUUGGAAAAUGCAAUGCUAAGCAUGAAAACCAGACAUCCCAGUUUAGGAUUUCAGUGGUGCAGCAAACCAAUUAUUAUUUUUCUGAAUUUUCAGUAAUAGCUAACUAUAGUGAUGUUGCCAGUGUAUCAAAAUGUGGGGAUGCUUGCUUAUCAGAUUGUGAUUGUGUUGCUUCUGUUUAUGGGCUAAAUGAGGAGAGACCAUACUGCUGGGUGUUGAGGAGCUUAAAUUUUGGUGGUUUUGAGGAUACCAGCUCCACUUUGUUUGUGAAGGAAAGAGUAAAUAAUGGCUCAUGGACACCAGAAGGCCAAGUAGGAGGGUCUAAUAGCUCUUCUGAUGGAUUGGGGAGUGCCAAGGAGAAGGCUGUGAUUAUUCCCAUUGUUCUAAGCAUGACAGUUCUCAUUGCUUUGCUAUGUUUAUUACUAUAUUACAGUGUUCACAGAAAAAGAACUUUGAGAAGAGAGAUGGAAAGUUCCUUGAUAUUAUCAGGUGCUCCAAUGAAUUUCACCUUCCGUGAUUUGCAAAUCAGGACAUGCAACUUUUCACAGCUGCUAGGAACAGGUGGAUUUGGGAGUGUGUACAAAGGAAGCCUGGGAGAUGGUACCUUAGUUGCAGUGAAGAAACUUGAAAGGGUUUUGCCCCACGGAGAGAAAGAAUUUAUCACUGAAGUAAACACCAUUGGCUCAAUGCAUCAUAUGAAUUUGGUUCGCCUAUGCGGCUAUUGUUCAGAGGGAUCACACCGGCUUCUGGUUUAUGAGUUCAUGAAGAAUGGGUCCUUGGAUAAAUGGAUCUUCCCUUCAUAUCAAGGGCGAGAUAGAGUACUAGAUUGGCCAACUCGUUUUAAUAUAGCCAUAACCACUGCUCAAGGGAUUGCAUACUUUCAUGAGCAGUGCAGAAAUCGGAUAAUACAUUGUGACAUUAAACCAGAAAAUAUAUUGUUAGAUGAAAACUUUUGUCCUAAAGUAUCUGAUUUUGGACUGGCCAAAUUGAUGGCAAGGGAGCACUCUCAUGUGGUAACAAUGGUCAGAGGCACUAGAGGUUAUUUGGCACCAGAAUGGGUUAGUAAUCGCCCUAUAACUGUUAAAGCUGAUGUUUACAGCUAUGGGAUGCUUCUUUUAGAGAUCAUUGGUGGCAGGAGAAAUCUUGACAUGUCCUUUGAUGCAGAGGACUUCUUCUAUCCUGGUUGGGCUUACAAGGAGUUGACAAAUGGAUCAACAAUCAAAGUUGCAGAUAGAAGAUUAAAUGGGGCAGUUGAUGAAGAAGAGCUAAUGAGAGCUCUGAAAGUUGCCUUUUGGUGUAUCCAAGAUGAGGUAUUCAUUCGACCAACAAUGGGGGAAAUAGUGAGGAUGCUAGAAGGUUCAAUGGACAUUAAUAUGCCACCAAUGCCGCAAACAGUACUCGAGUUAAUUGAGGAAGGCCUAGACCAUGUAUACAAAGCUAUGAAAAGAGAGUAUAACCAGUUCAGCUCAUUCACCAUUAACAGUCAUCUUACAUCUCAUGCCACAUGUAGCAAUUCCACAAUGUCACCAAGAUAG